AUGGACACCCGGAUGUCUAACUUCGCGCUCCAGAUGGCGCUCAACUUGGUCCGCAACGACGACGAGCUGGGACCUCUCUUCGCCAGCUUGUGCUCCCCGGAGUUUCCGGCGGCGACCAUGGAGACCCUAGUUCUCAAGUUGGGGGACCAGUUACUGCGCCACUGGCGUGAACCAGGCGGGAUCGACGGCGUCGUCGCCCGCUUCGUCUUCCCCACCCACUACACCAUCCCCGACCCACCCGUCUCCGCCGACGCUCGCCUCGGCGCCCUCCUCCCCCACGACGCCGUCGACCGCCUCAGCCGCCUCCCGGACGCGUUCCUCGGCAACAUCGUCUCCCGCCUCCCCGUGAAGGACGCCGCGCGCACCGCCGCGCUCUCCCGCCGCUGGCGCCCAGUCUGGCGCUCCACCCCGCUCGUCCUCCUCGACGCCGACCUCUCCUUCGCCACCUCCGCCGUGUCCUGCGUCCUCGCCACGCACCCAGGCCCCUUCCGCUGCGUCCACAUCAGGAGCUUCUACACGGACGAGUUCACUGGCCUGCUCACGGGCUGGCUCCGUAUCCUCGCCGCCAAGGGCAUCCAGGAACUCGUGCUCCUCAACUCCCGGUGGCCACACGCCAUCGAUCUCCCCUCCACCUUCUUAGACAUGGUCUCCCUCACCCGCCUCUACCUCGGCCUCUGGAAGUUCCCCGACACGGCUGACCUCCCGCGCACCUCCCUUUUCCCCAACCUCCGUGAGCUCGGCCUCUGCACCGUCCUCAUGGAGACCAAAGAUUUGGACUUCAUCCUCGACAGAAGCCCCGUGCUCCAGACGCUCUGUGUCGAAGGGGAUUUCUUCCAGCUUCGCCUCCGCCUUGUCAGCCAAAGCCUCCGGUGCGUGCAGAUCAUUGGGUCAUUUCAAGAAAUCUUCGUCGUGGACGCCCCAUGCCUUGAGCGGCUCAUCAUCCAUUCGGAAGGUAACAAAGGUUGUACCCCUGAUGGCGCUUGUAGCAAGGUCAAGAUUGGUCGUGCCCCCAAGCUGCACUUGUUGGGUUACUUGGAGUUGGACCCAGGAAAUCACGUGCUGAAGGUCGGCAACACCAUCAUCAAGGCUGGGACAAAGGUGAGCCCAAGAACCAUGGUACCAAGUGUGAGAAUCCUGGCAUUCGAGGUGCGUUUUGGGGUCCGCAAUGAUGCCAAGAUGGUUCCCAGCAUCCUCAGAUGCUUUCCAAAUGUUGAGACGCUCCACAUCAAGUCUGGAGAAACGCAUCAAUCCACUGGCAAGCUCAACAUGAAAUUCUGGCAUGAGUCUGGUACCAUAGAAUGCAUCCGAUCACGCGUCAAGCGCCUUUUUUUCCAUGGUUUCCGAGGGGGCCGAAGUGAGCUUGCCUUCCUCAAAUUUUUCUUUGAGAGCGCGUUGGUGCUGAAGGAGGUGGUGAUUCUGUUGGCUCCUGGUUUCACUUCGAUAGAGGAGGUGCAUUCCAGAAUUGCAAGUCUGGGGUCCACGAAACGGGCCAGUGAAGCCUCCUCAGUGCUGGUCACUGGCAGUUCUGAUACUCAAGGAGAUUACAUUCAGAGCUUCAAGAGAGGAUCAGACUUUUCUAUUCGUGACCCUUUUGAAGUCAUAAUAGAUGCCAAUGCAUUUGAUCAUGCAUAG